GAGGACGUAAGGCUCAUGAAAGACUUAGGAUUGGACGCCUACCGAUUCUCCAUAUCCUGGAGCAGAAUUCUGCCAACUGGCAAAGUAAGUGGAGGAAUCAACAAAGUAGGAAUCGGCUACUACAACAAUCUCAUCAACGAACUUCUGUCCAAAGGUUUGAAGCCAUUUGUCACGCUUUUCCACUGGGAUCUUCCUCAAACCCUAGAAAGCGAAUAUGGCGGAUUUCGAAGCAAACAAAUCAUCGAAGAUUUCGCAAAUUUUGCGGACUUGUGCUUCAAAGAAUUUGGAGACAGAGUCAAACACUGGAUCACACUCAACGAGCCUCACACGUACACGAACGGCGGAUACGUUAUCGGCACUUUCGCACCAGGCCGGUGCAGCAGGGUUUUGGGGAACUGCACCGCCGGAAAUUCAGGAACGGAGCCCUACAUUGUUGCCCACAACUUGCUGCUAUCCCAUGCUAGUGCCGUCAAGCUGUACAAAGACAAAUACCAGGUAAUUAAUUUCACUGGAGAACAGAAGGGAGAAAUAGGCAUAACAUUGGUGACCCACUGGUUCAUUCCAUACACAACUUCUGCGUCCAACCAUAUGGCAGCACAACGGGCAUUUGAUUUCAUGUUUGGAUGGUUCAUGGAUCCAUUGACAAAGGGUAAUUAUCCACCAAGCAUGAGAUCACUUGUGGGGAGCCGCCUCCCAAGAUUCACAAAGGAGGAAACACAGCUUGUAAAAGGGUCCUUCGAUUUUCUUGGACUCAACUACUACACUACCUACUAUGCAUCAAAUUAUCCUGCAGGCUACAAAGUCAUUGCUCCCAGCUAUGCCACAGAUUCCAGGGCUAACACUUCAGGGGAGAGGAAUGGCAAGCUUAUUGGUCGUGUGGCAGCAUCAUCGUGGCUAUAUAUGUACCCCAAGGGAAUAAAGGAUCUCUUGCUACACAUCAAGGAGAAAUAUAAUAAUCCAAAAAUAUUCAUUACAGAAAAUGGAUAUUCAGAGUUUGACAAUAGUACUCUUCCCUUAAUGGAAGCACUUAAGGACCCAUGGAGAAUGGAGUACUAUUCCAGUCAUCUUUACUACCUACAUGAGGCUAUACGGCAAGGAGUUGAUGUGAGGGGAUAUUUUGCAUGGUCACUCCUUGACAACUUUGAGUGGGCAGAUGGCUACUCCAUCAGGUUUGGGCUUGUCUUCAUCGACUACAACAAUGGAUUGCAAAGGCAUCCCAAACACUCUGCCUACUGGUUGCAGAAGUUCCUUCAUUACUAG